AUGAGUUACCAGGCUUUGGGAGACAAUAACAACCAGGGGGGCUACGGCCAGUACAACCCCUAUGGUAGUCAGCAGAACCCUUAUGCUGACCAGCAGCAAAGCUACGGCUACGGAGGUGGUUACGAGCAGGCUGGUGCUGUGGAAUCCGGCAAUGGCGGAGUUGAAAUGUCCAACCUCCCACAAGGUGGUGGCCCCAGUGCCAUUCUGAACAAGUGCAAAGAGAUGAACGAAGCCAUCCAUGAGCUCAAGACCAAGCGCGAAGGCCAACUCGUUUCAGCCCAGAAUGCUCUCUUGGACUCCAGCACUGGCAAGGAGGACCAAGCUGCCCGCCAGAACGUCGACUACAUUGAAGAUGAGAUCAACACUGCCCUGCGCUACAUGCGCGACCAGUUCAAGCGCAUCAAGGAGACUCCUGGAUCCGGCGACUCUCGUGUUGCUGGCCAGGUCGAGAAUGUCAAUCGUAACCUUCGUCGCGAGAUCGAGCAGUACCAGCGUACUCAAGCCGACUUCCAGAAGCGUCUGGAGGAGCAAGUCCGCCGUCGCUACGAGAUUGCGAACCCCGAGGCUACCCCCGAGGAGUUGGAGGAGGGUGUUCAGCUUGUUCUGGCUGGCCAAGAGCAGAGCUUUGCGGUGCCCGGUACACGUUCGCGCCAGGCCAAUGAUGCCCGUCAAGCUACUAUGCAGCGAUCCGCUGCUAUCCGCAAGAUUGAGCAGGAUAUGAUUCAGCUCGGUCAGCUGUACCAGGAAGUCGCUGAGCUUAUUCACCAGCAAGAGCCCGCUGUCACUCAGAUCAACCAGGGUGCUGAGGAGACUCACCACAACGUCCAGGAAGCCAACACCAAGCUGGAUAGUGCUAUCACAAGUGCCCGCAACGCCCGACGAUGGAAGUGGUACGCUCUGGGUAUUGUUGUUCUCAUCAUUAUCAUCAUUGUCGCGGUCGCUGUCGGUGUCACCGAGGCCAACAAGAAGUCCUAA